AUGAUGAUUCGAUUUGAAUUAAUGUACAAUUCUACAAAAUUAUCGAUACGUUAUUAUGUGUGCUUAACAUUUUGUUUAAUCUUAUUUGGAAAUUAUUUAAAUUUUGUUGAUGCAAAAUUAAUAUUAUAUGAUAAAGAAAAUAAUGAAUUUGAUUCUUUGGAAAAUUUUGAUUUACUAUUUUUGAAGAAUUCGGAUAAACAUAAUAUUGAUUAUUAUAACAAUGACGUUAUUAUUAGUGGAAAAAUAGAAUUUGCUCAAUUAUUAAAGAGAGAUGAUAAUCAAGUCGAAUAUGAUAAUAAUGUUGAUCUUUGUACACUUAGACCUGUUUCGAUAGGAGUUGCUUUGUUGGUAAUUCCUUUUAGCAAUAUUACAAGUGACCGAAAUUUUGCCUGUAACAAAUUGUCUGAUUUAUUAUUAAGUAAUAAAUGGAUAACACAGGAUUUGAUCUUACCUGAUAAUUUUCAAAAUGAUGAGUCUGAGGGAGCAAAAAUUUUACCUAAUGGAACUUAUUUAAUACCACAAAACGAUUCAUCAUUGCAGCCCACAAAACGAACAUUUCCAUUAGCAAAAAAAUACGAACAUUUUAUAAAUAGAAAUCAAAUCUAUAACAAAAAAUUAAUGAAACUCCGAGGCGAACCAACAUCUGUAGUUCCAGAAGUUAUAUUAUUCGCAUCGUUGAAUAAUGGAGAUCCUGGAAUUAAGGAACCAUUUAUGGUUGAUCGUAAUUUAUUCAAAGAAAUCAAAGUAGGCGUGACUUUGCUUCGUAAAGAUGAUAUGUUACAUUUAGAAUCUUUGGUUUCGACAAUCGAUCACGUUUCCAUCACCUCAGACGCUGGGCCAUGGAUAAGGUUACUUCAUAGCCAAAAUUUUCUAGCAUGGACAAUUAAUUGGGGAGUAACGUUUGGUGCAAUAUUUUUAUUUACGAUAUAUGCCAUAACUUGUUUCUUCGAUUCAUCGGAUUUUGUUCCUGAAAAUCCAAAUAUGUAUAUUUUACCGGGAAUCGCAUUCAGUUCUCUCGUGUCGCUUAUCAUAUUGAUUGUUGAUCCUUAUAACGUACGAGAGCGGUUAACAUUGGUUGGAUUCACUCUUAUCACCGAACUUAAUUAUUUAAUUCUAGGUUUACUUUACGUGAAGUUGCAAUAUUCAUGGGCUAAAGCAGCGGGAGAAAUAACAUUGUUUGAUACACGUUUAUCACCAAUUACUAGAAUUUCAACACGCAUUCAUUGUCAUAUUUUAUAUUUAAACAUAUUAUUAAUAUUAGCAACAUUUAUUUUUCGUGUAUUGGAACAAGCAAAUUUAAAUAUACAAAACAUAUUUAUUCCAUCAAUCAUAUGGGAAAUUAUUUUCAUUACAUUGAUGAAUAUGGGAUUUUUAUCAUUUGGUAUGUUCAUGAUAUUGGCUUUGGCAACUGAUCGUGAAGUCAAGCAAAAAAUUGGGGAAUCUUUGGUUUUUAAAUUUUCAAAUAAAGCUGAUAGAAGAAAAGCAUUAAAGGUAUUUGUCAUCAUGAUGAUUCUUAUGUUUUCAUUUUCAUUCUUAACGAUAUCAAAUGUAUUGGUUUCAUCACUUUCGCCGACAGUAUCAAAUUUUUGGAAAUCAAGAGUGACUAGUGAUACAUCAAUUUCGUUAUCAAUGAUUACAAUAUUAUUUCUGCUUCGAUCGAAGUCUUGUUCACGGUAUUUAGUUAAUCCAUCGUCGUCAUUACUUACCACACGUCCGUCAUCACGUUCAUUGGGACCUACACCAGAGCAAGUAGAAGAUGAUGAAAGAAGAAAUUCUGCAGCUUAUACAACACGUACAGCUGUAGUUCGUCCGGAACCAUCUUACAAGAUGAAUCUAAAUCGUAUUUCUUUUGAAAAAUGCGGUACUUCGUUAGGGAUGGGUGGAAUAAUUGGAAAUACUUCUUUAUCUAAAG